AUGUACGACCGAACGCCGGUCCCAACGAUGAGCUACCUGAAGAACAUCGAUCACGAGACCGAUCUGCAAUACACGUUGGAGAUGUGCCAAUGGGUGUUGAAGCCGCUCGGAGUAUGGGGCCUGAUUUACCAUCGCGUCAGCAACGUGGAGAGAGUUGUCUCGAUCUUACUGGUGUCCUCUUGCCUCAUCGGUCUUCUUCUGAUCAUCGUCCCGUCAGUGCACAAUAUCUUCUUCGUGGAGAAGAACGUGCAGGUCAAAGUGAAGCUGAUCGGUCCAGUCGGUUUCUGCAUGUUCUCUACGGUGAAGUACUGUUACAUGUGCGGGAAGAGGAAGCUGUUGAGUCGCUGCAUGCGACACGUGGAGAAGGAUUGGCGAACGGUGGACGAGCAGGACCACCGAGCGAUAAUGCUGAAGCAAGCGGGCAUCAGUAGACACCUGAUCACCAUAUGCAUGGUCUUCCUCUAUUCCGGGGGCAUGUCCUAUCAGGUACUGAUGCCGUUCUCGUCGAAGCAGAAGCACAAGCUGAACGUCACCGACAAACCGCUCGCCUAUCCCACCUUCGAGUUCCUCGACGCCCAGUCCAGCCCCACCUACGAGAUCGUGUUCCUUCUCCAGACCUUCGGGGCGAUGAUCAUGUACACCGCCACCAUAGCCGCGUACAGUCUCGCUGCGACCUUCGUGUCGCAUAUCUGCGGGCAGAUCCAGAUUCAGAUACUACGGUUGGAGAACUUGAUCGACGAACACGAGGGGAAGAACACAUUUCGACAGCGUCUGACGGUUAUCGUUAGGGAUCAUGUCCAGGUGCUAAGGUUUUCCAAGGACGUUGAUGAAGCUUUGCGCGAGAUAUGUUUGUCAGAGAUCAUGGCAUCCACGUACGCCAUGUGUCUGCUCGAAUACUAUUGUUUAGCGGAAUGGCGGAACAGCGACACGGUCGCGAUAGUAACGUAUUUCAUGUUGCUGAUCUCCUGCACUUUCAAUGUGUUAAUCUAUUGUUCCGUAGGUGAAGUUCUAUCUGAUCAGUGCAGUCGAGUGGGCGGAGCUUCGUACAACAUACUUUGGUACAAUUUACCAGCGAGGAAGGCAUACAAUUUUAUCCUGCUGGAUGUCAUAUCUCUCUAUCCGCCUAAACUCACGGCCGGAAAAAUAAUUGAACUCUCUAUAAACACGUUCGGCGCGGUGGUAAAGACAUCUGUGGUUUACUUCAAUCUGCUUCGAACGGUUACGUCUUGGUAA